GUCCGUGGGCAUUCGGCUUAGGAGAAGGAAGAGAGCUCUCCAAUGCUACAACCACAGAGGGACUCUGCAGAACAAUGGAGUGCCAUUCCAGCUUAGAGAAUGUGGAUGAAGAUGGAUACACUCAGUUAAACUUCCACUCUCGGGUCACCAACAGAACACAUGUGUUACCACAGAAAGGAACCCAGCGUACUGCACCCCCUUGUUGGCGUCUCAUUGCUGUGAUUUUCGGAGUCCUGUGUUUGGUGAUACUGGUGGUAGCAGUGGUCCUGGCUGCUCUGACUUUUCAGAGAUCCAAUUCAGGCAGCCAGCCAUUGGAGAAUGACAACUUCCCAUCAAGAAAUAAAGAGAAUCACAAUCAACCCACAAAGUCAUCUUUAGAAGAGAAAGUGGCUCCUACCAAGGCUCUCAAAACCACAGGGUUUUUCCCCAGUUCUUGUCCCCCUAACUGGAUCAUGCAUGAGACAAGCUGUUAUUUAUUCAGCACGUCUCUAGAUUCCUGGAAUGAAAGUAGGAGACGAUGCUCUCAGCUGGACUCCAAUCUCCUGAAGAUAGACAGCUCAAAAGAACUGGGAUUCAUAAACAGAGAAGUGUCUUCCCAAGCUGCCCACUCAUUUUGGAUAGGGCUUUCUCGUUCCCAAAGUGAGGAACCAUGGCUCUGGGAGGAUGGAUCGAUGUUCUCUCCUCACCUAUUUGAAGUCAGAAGCACAGCUACGCAGGAAAACUCAUCGCACAAUUGUGCUUGGAUUCACAUGUCAGUCGUGUACGAUCAGCUCUGCCACGUGCCCUCUUACAGUAUCUGUGAGAAGAAGCUGUCUCUGUAGCGAGGGUGGCAGAGAGAGGUGGGCGAGAUAGGAAGGAGGGCAGAGAACAGCACAGAACAGAGCGCUAUCAAUGGCCAAAAUAGAUGCUGACAUUUCAUUUGGCUUUGACCUGGUACUCACCUGGAUGUCCUUGGUGUUUCAAAGCAGACUUCAUCUCCAGCUCUCCCAGACUUGGUUUUCAUCCUCAGAAAGUGUCAUCCAAUACACCCCUCUGUUCCCAUGAGUUUUUUCUUCAUUUCCAGUAGUAUAGAGCAGACGUGGGUAGAAGGCAGAAUAUGCUUCUCAGCAAUGCAAUGAAGGAAUCUAAGAGAAGGGAAACCACAGCUUCACCCCAGUCGGAGUUUCUCGUUACGUUCAUCAACAUCAGCAUCAACAAAGCGGAAAUUCCUACUUUUUCUCAAUUAAAUAACCCAGAGAAUGUGCCCGUCCGGUCUCUGAC